UAUAUAUCGGUUACAAAUUACACUUGCAGAAGAAAUGAAAACUUAAUCCAAAACAGAGUCCUUGUCUCUUAUCACUGUGAUUGAGCAGUGAUCGAGUUGCGAACUGCGAUUGCGAUUAUUCGCAUCACUACCGGUUCGCGAGCGUUGGUCGGAGAUGGAUACGUUACCGACGACGAAGCGCGGCGGCGGAGGGAGAUCGAAGCCCGUUCCGGCCUCCAAAUCCUCCCUCGUCAUGGCCUUCUUCUCUUGCGUAGCCUGGCUUUACGUCGCUGGCAGGUUAUGGCAAGACGCAGAGAACCGAAAUUUACUUGCCAGUCUUUUAAAGAAGAAUUCAGCUCAGAGGCCUAAGGUUCUUACAGUGGAAGAUAAAUUAAUGGUGCUAGGAUGCAGGGAUCUGGAGAGGAGGAUCGUGGAAGCUGAGAUGGAAUUGACAUUGGCUAAGAGCCAAGGGUAUCUGAAGGGGCAGGGCCAGAAAAGUGGCUCUUCUGAUCGUAGGCUUCUUGCUGUUAUUGGUGUGUAUACUGGAUUUGGAAGUCGGUUGAAGAGAAAUGUCUUCAGGGGGUCUUGGAUGCCCAGAGGUGACGCCUUGAAAAAACUUGAAGAAAGAGGAGUGGUCAUUCGAUUUGUUAUUGGUCGGAGUGCUAAUCGUGGUGAUAGCUUAGAUCGCAAUAUUGAUGCGGAAAAUAGCUCAACAAAGGAUUUCCUGAUUCUAGAAGGUCAUGAGGAAGCUCAAGAAGAGUUGCCUAAGAAAGUAAAAACUUUCUUUAGCACUGCAGUUCAGAACUGGGAUGCUGAUUUUUACGUGAAAGUUGAUGACAGCAUUGAUAUUGAUCUGGCAGAGGGUUUAAUUGAACUUCUUGAUCAUCGCCGUGGCCAGGAUGGGGCAUAUAUUGGAUGCAUGAAAUCAGGAGAUGUGAUAUCAGAAGACGGAAAGCCAUGGUAUGAACCUGAUUGGUGGAAGUUUGGCGAUGAAAAGUCGUAUUUCCGACAUGCAGCUGGUUCACUUGUUAUAAUUUCAAAGAAUUUGGCACAGUACAUUAAUAUAAACAGAUAAUCCAGCUCCAUACCUUUCCAUCUAUCAGCAAAUAUGAAGUUACUUCAUAUCUUCUGGUUACAGCAAAAAUGAGGGCAGUUGAAACUUGACAGCUGAGUGCUAGUCUUUCCACCUUGCAAAGUUUGGCAUAAAAUUAAUUUACAAGCUAUUUUUUGUCCUAUACCAAAUAAUACUGUAGAUCUGUAACUUUUCCAUCCCAUUCCUUUUUCUGUUUUUCAGACUCACACAAGCACAUCCUAAGACCUAGGUUGGGGGGUGAGACUCACCUACUGGGAAAAAAAUGUCUCCAUUUAUAUGUAUGAUGUUCUUUAGAAGGUCGAUAUGUUUGUGCAAUUUUUGUAGCUUUCUUUCUGGGUUUUUCUUAUACAUGGUUUCUCCUCGAGGACGCUUACUAUACAUUUGUUUUUCUUUUUAAUUUCAGCUAUUAUGUUUUCAGUAAUAAUUACACAAGGGCUACCUGGUUGUUACUUUUCACUUCAUUUCCUGUUUUUUAUGAAUCUGUAUCUGUAUGUAAUAAUUACACAAGGGCCACCUGGUUGUUACUUUUCACUACAUUUCCUAUUUUUUAUGAAUUUGUAUCUGUAUAUAAUUGCAAAA